AUGGUCUCCUACACGAGCCUUUGCAUUGCUCUGGGACUGCUCAGUCUCACCAGUGCCACCCCAUUAGCCAAGCACCAGGCUCAAGGCCGCUCCGCCAGUCCUAUCCUCGUGAAGAAGGACACUGAAGUCGCCGAGGCCGCUGCCGCUUUCAAGUGCCAGAUACAGACGGGCACAAAUGUCUUCCGCCCUCACCUGGCGGGCUGGAACCCAACCAAGCAGGAGGUGGAAAUGGCCGUCACCGCCUGGCUCAACGAGGUCUGCACAGUCAACGACUUUCUCAACAGCAAAGGCACGUCGCUCGCCGUUGCCACUGCUUGGGCAACAGACGAGCCAAACGAGCUUGCCAUCCUGUCGGCCGUCAAGGGCCUGAGUAAGGAGGGCCAAAAUGCCGCGGCGGUGCUACGAGCCAACUUCCCCAGCGUGCUCGGCAACCUUGACAAUAUCAAGACGGGGAGCGCCCCUACCAAAGAUGCCAGCGCAGCCAUCAACUUUGACCGCUGCUGCCAGGUCGUGCCCUCAGUUGCUGUCCUUGUGGAUGCCGCUGUGAAGGCCACCGGGGCGUUUGGGGGCGUGGCUCCCAAGCCUGAGUACCCUAAUGUUUGCAGCCGCUUCGAGUGCUCUGUGGCUUCCAUCUAA